AUGGCGGAAGGAGGAUUUAAUAAGGUAUUCCUAUUGACCAUGGAUGAUGGCAGUGAAGUCGCUCGCAUCCCUACACCCAUUGCUGGCCCUCGACGCCUGACGACUGCCAGCGAAGCCGCCACCAUGCAGCUUCUUAGAAAUACCCUGCAGAUACCGGUACCUCGAAUCCUUGCUUAUUCGCCUACAUCAGAUAAUCUUGUUGGAGCUGAGUACAUUAUAAUGGAACGGCUUCGGGGUGACGGCCUUGGUUCUAGAUGGCUUUCUCUCUCGACCGCCGAGAUGGCUGAUCUGAUGAUGCAAAUAGUAGAUAUCGAGAAAAAGAUAUUCAAUUUUAGAUUCCCAGCGUACGGAAGCCUCUAUAAUAGGCACGACAUACCCAUGGAGUCAAGAGUGGAUAUUCAGACAGAGGAAGGUGAUUUUUGCAUUGGACCUAUUUGCAAGCGUCAAUUCUGGCACGGGGAGAGGGCAGACAUGAAGCUCGACCGUGGCCCUUGGACCAAGCCUGAGGACUGUGUUGCAGCUCCUGCUCGUCGAGAGCUUGCCUGGACAUCCACGUACGGGAAACCUCGACCCCGGAGGGCCUUUCUACUACCCACCGAAGAAGACAUCGACCCUAGGGAACACACCUCGCUUCUCUCCCAGUACCUACAGAUAGCUCCAUCCUUGGUACCGUCCCAACCUGAGAUGGGAGCACCAAUACUACGCCACCCAGACCUGAGUUUCACCAACAUCCUUCUUACUCCCGGAACAAACAAGAUAGAAGGGAUAAUCGAUUGGCAGGAUACCGCCGUUCUUCCACUCUUCAUGCAGGCUGGGUAUCCAGCCUUUUGUGAACAUGACCUUUCCCAGGUACAAUCUUUAAAGGAACCAGUUCUUCCUGAUAAUUAUAAUGAGAUGAACGAGGUGGACAGGUUGAAAGCUGACAUAAAGCUCCGUCUGGACAAGGCAAACCGAUACUAUUAUGCUUCCACUGGAUUGGAGAAUGGCCUACAUCUACAGGCCCUUCGCCAGCCAGGCCUCGGAAUGAUACAGUAUCUCAUUUCCCAUGCUGGGUAUCCGUGGGAUGCUGACCUCAUAAACCUGAAAGCCGGCCUCGUGGGACUUACGAUGAUCUGGGAUCAAAUGAUACCUUAUCCGUGUCCGAUCUCGUUCUCCUCCGAGGAUGAAAAGGCGGCAUUGCAUGAUGCCACCGAGUGGAGGGAGUGUGAAGAGAUACUCUCUAACAUACAGGAAGCUCUUGGGGUCGAUAGAGAGGGCGGCACGCACCCAGACGAUUUUGAGCAUGCCUACGAGAUGGCCCAACGAUUGCGGCUACAGAUAUACACAAACGCAGAGAAAAGGCUGCGGAGCCUUUUCUGGAGAUCCUGGAUCUUCAAGGACGAUAGCGAUAACUCCCCUCCUCCUGUACUCUAA